AUGUUGUCGAAGGGGACAAUCCUCAUUACCGGCUUCAACGGUUACCUUGCCGGCCGGGUUGCCGAGUUGGCAAUGAAGGCCGGGUACAGCGUGCGCGGCACAGUCCGAAAUCUCGACGCCGGCGCCGAAGUCCAAAAAGCGUUGCUGGGACUUGGCUACGGAUGCCGGGCCGAAGUCGUACAGGUCCCCGAUAUGACCACACCCGGCGCCUUUGACCAGGCCGUAAUUGGGUGCUCCGCAAUCGUCCAUCUCGCCUCACCAGUCAAAGACACCUUCAUUCUACCACCGGCGGAAGUGGUCCGCAUGAAUAUAAGCGGCACGAUGGGGAUAUUAGAGUCAGCGUCGAAGGCCGGACCGAAAGUGAAGAGCGUGGUAUUAAUGUCUUCCGUCGCUGCUAAUUUCGACGUACCUACCCAGCCCGGCAUCUAUUCGGAAGAGAACUGGAACACAACUUCCGAACCGGCCAUCGCGCAAUUAGGUUCUGAGGCAGGCGGUCUACAUGCCUACUGCGCAAGCAAAACCGCCGGCGAGAGAGCGUUCUGGAAGUUCCGCGAGGAGCGGAACCCGUCAUUCAGCAUGACGACGCUUCAAGCUACCUACUUCACCGGCCCGCCCCUAAUCCCCUGGACCAGCCCCUCGCAGCUCCCCUUCUCGCUCGCGAACCUCUUCUCCCUCCUCAGCACCAAGCAGAUCCCGGGCCCGAGCCUGCUGUACGAGAACACGGUCGACGUGCGCGACGUGGCGCGCGUGAUCCUGUGGUCGGUCCUGAACCCCUCCGUCGCCGACGGCCAGCGCUACCUGUGCGCCGCGGCGACCGGCGGGCCCCAGGCCAUGGCCGACGUCCUGAACAAGCGCAUGCCGGAGCUCGGGCUGUCGAGGGGCAGUCCCGGGGAGGGCUACGACGAGGGGUAUCCUUCGACGAGCGGCGAUGUGGCGUUUGAUGGGAGGAAGGCGGUCGAGGCUACGGGGCAGGACUGGAUCCCGUAUGAGACGACUAUUGUGGACACGGCGAAGGCGUUGGUUCCGUUGCUUAAGUAG